UUUAGAUCUAGAUACAACCUGUAAGGAAUCAUAGAUAUAGCUAUUAAUAAUUUCUCAAUGCCUAUCAGACCUGGUGUCCCACAAAGACCAAGAAUGGAAGGGCCGGUACGUAGCCCUUCGUAUAUGCCUCCUGAUUACAAAAUAUAUCUGUUGAAUAAACGUCUACAAGAAGCGUCAGAAGAGUGCGAUAAUCAAUGGUGGGACGCGUUGGCGCAUGAGUUUUUCGAUGAUAAGGCUACAUUGACUGUCUCGUUAUUCAUGGAUGAUGGGCCGAAACAAUACACGAUUGGUCGUACUUUAAUUCCGAGAUAUUUUCGUAGCAUUUACGACGGAGGUGCAACGCAGUUAUAUUUUGUUCUCCAGCAUGCGAAAGAUAUGUUUAAUCCUGCGAUACAUGCUAUUACUAUGGAUUGUGAUCGUGCUACCAUGGUUACGCACCACAUGAAACCGGUCCCGACAAAAAUAUGCACAGAAGGACAUCUAGUGUUGGAAUUCUCUUACGAUGAUUUAAUGAGAAUCCGAAUGUGGCAUUUCGAAAUUCAUAACCAUUCUGAACUUAUCCCGAAACAGGUUAUGUUGCAUGAGCCUGCAAUGCUGGAAAAGCUAAGUACGAGCAUUACCAAACAAGGAAUGUCAUCUUCGACGAUUAAUUACCUAAAAUUGUGCGUUAUUUUGGAGCCGAUGAAAGAAGUAAUGUCUCGACAGAAGACAUAUAACAUAGAUCCUAGAGAUUGUUUGAGAAAUUGCCUUUUUCAAAAAUGGCAACGGAUGAUGAACCCCCCAGAGCCUAUGCGGGGAGGAAAAAGACCUUCAAGAAAACGGAAAAAUUCAAGUAAUACUAACUCUGGGAACCAAUUGGUUGCUUCAAAAAAGAAGAAUUUUCCGUCUGAUGUUAUGGUCGUUGGAGAACCGUCUUUGAUGGGGGGAGAAUUCGGAGAUGAGGAUGAACGAAUGAUAACGCGACUUGAAAACCAGUUUGAACCUGGCACAGGUCCAGGGACGGGACCAGGCGGACCAGUAAAAACGGAACAAGAGACUGGUAUGGCCAGUUUUCCGCAUACAACGUCUCCCGCUAUGCGGCCAGGAAGUAACAUGUCACCUUGGCAAACUCAGUUGCAAACGACACCACAACAAAACACAAACGGGGCUCCACUUUCGAAUUCAAUGCAUCCUAACUCUGGUCCACCGUCACAGAAUCCAUCAGAGAAUAACGGCCAGGAUACAAUGCCAAGUACUCCCAUAUCCGGGCCGAGUUGAAUUGAAAUUACUUAUAAAGACGGUGUCUAAAAUGCUGGGUGCUUUUAUUCAGUAGUGGGAUUCAGCCAGUUCGCGAACCAGUAAGCAUUUCUGGUUACUGUCAAUGACUUUUUGUAACAGAACCGGGUGAAAUAUUUGACUUUUGUGAUGAAAUCGGCUGACAAAAAAAUUGAAUCCCACCACUGCUCUUAUUACUAUUUGAUUGAAAUUGUCAAUAUGAUAAAUGGAUUUAUAAUGUCUGUUGUAUUUUGCCACUUUUUGUAACACUGAGAAUCAUUGAAGCGUUACAGGUCGGAAUGGUCAUAUUAUAAUGGGCAUAUGCCAAUGCUGUCAUUUCAUGCUUGAUAAAUUUCUUGAUGAUGUUUAGUAUAAGACUCUUACACUGCUUGAAAUCAUGGAAGUGUGACGGUCCAGAAAAUUUAUAGACUAAUGC